UCAGAAUUUCCAAAUCAGAGGUAGCAAGAAGAAGAGCAGCUAUUAAAGAUACGGAUACAUCAACAACAACAGGCGGAAAACCAUUGUUCGCCACAAAAUGAGACUGCAUUUGCAAGUCCUGGUGGCCCUGAUAACCGCCACGUCCAUUGGCAGCUCACUGGCCUACAAACCGGUGGUCAUUCUGCACGGAAUUCUCUCCGGAGCCGAAUCGAUGGCUUCCCUGGUCCGGGAAAUCGAAGAGUUUCAUCCUGGCACCAUCGUCUACAACUGCGACAAAUUCAGUGGAUGGUACAGCUUGGAGAACGCCUGGCGACAGGUCGAUCAGGUCAGGGAUUACCUCAACGAGGUGGGCAAACUGCAUCCAGAGGGCAUCAUAGUUCUGGGAUACUCCCAAGGAGGCCUUUUGGCCCGUGCGGCCAUCCAAAGUCUGCCGGAGCACAAUGUAAAGACCUUCAUAUCUCUAUCCUCACCACAGGCGGGACAAUACGGCACCAGCUUCCUCCAUCUGAUAUUUCCCGAUUUGGCGGCCAAGACGGCCUUCGAGUUGUUCUACUCGCGCGUGGGACAACACACCUCGGUUGGGGGCUACUGGAACGAUCCGCAGAGGCAGGACUUGUACCUGCAGUACAGCGAGUUCCUGCCACUGAUCAAUAAUGAGAAGAAGACCUCCAACUCCACGUCCUUCAAGAUGGGAAUGGUGCGGCUGAACAAGUUGGUGAUGAUCGGCGGACCCAACGACGAUGUGAUUACUCCGUGGCAAUCGAGCCACUUUAGUUACUUCGAUGAGAACAUGGAUGUGAUUCCUUUUAUUAAGCGAACGAUUUUCACCAGCGACUCCAUUGGCAUCAGGACGCUCCAGGAGGCUGGCAAGCUGAUCAUUGUGGUCAAACCCCAUGUCCACCACCUUGCCUGGCACACGCGCAGGGAUGUCAUCCACGAAGUGAUAAUGCCAUAUCUGGACUGAGCAAAAACCCAAAAAUACUGAACUGAACUAAGCGAUCAAACGGCUGUGAUCGGAUAGGCGGACAAAAGCUCACUCUCAUCAAUAAGCAUUAAUGUGAAGUUGCUGCCUGGGUAACCAGGCUUCAAAAAUGAUCUUUUAUUGAUAAUUAUUAAGCUCUAUAUUUUUACAAACUACUCAUAAAUAGGUAAAUAAAUUGACAAAAAUAUAAAAUUCGUUAAAAGUAUAUAUUCAAUAAACUGUCAUCUAAUUUGUACUUUAA